CCUUCAUAAAGCAGUGAAGGCGGAUCCUCCCUCCCCUGGCAGAGACUGAUAAACUCAGCACUCGCAGGAGUGGCUCAUUGUUAGCACAAAAGGUGUGCACUUCCCUCGGGCAAACCCGAGCGGUAAGUCUCUCUGCUGCCCACAUCAAGGCCCCAGGACAUGCAGAACCUGCCUCUAGAGCCCAACCCACCACCAUGAGGUCCUUCCUGUGGAGAUGCAGCCACCCGAGGCAAGGCAUCCAGUGGUCCUUGCUCCUGGCUGCCCUGGCCGUCUUUCUCUUCGCCUUGCCCUCCUUUAUUAAGGAACCUAACACAAAGCCUUCCAGGUAUCGAGGCACAGAGAACGUUAAAGUGAGGUCUCCCCAGUCCCUGCAAAAGCCUGAGCCCCAGGCACCCACGAGAGCAAGGAGGGUGACCGUCUCUGCAGAGCACGGUGCCCUCGGCACACACACCCAGCCCAGGGCCCACAGUGUCGGAGAGGGAAGAACGGAGGCCGACCAGGCACCGCUGGAAGAGCAGGGCAGGGCAACCGGCGAAGCGCAGUGGGCGGCAGCAUGGAAGAGCCCCAAAAAAGAGAAAACCAUGGUGAACACACAGUCACCCCCAGGGCAAGACGCACGGACAGCGGCACAAUUAUGGAAGAGCCAGGAAGCAAAGAUGGCCCGAGGAGAUGGGGGCCAGGCUGGGAAGCUGACGGCCACCAAGACAGCAUCGGUGAAGCACAAGGGCAAAGCAGCGACCACCGCAAAGGCACUCAUUCCCAAAAGCUGGCACAGAAUGCUGGCCCCCACAGGGGCAGUGCCUACGAGGACAAGACAGAAAGGAGUGACCGCAGCAGUCAUCCCACCCAAGGAGAAGAAAGCUCAGGCCACCCCACCCCCUGCCCCUUUCCAGAGCCCCACGACGCAGAGAAUCCUAAGGCUGAAAGCCGCCAACUUCAAGUCUGAGCCUCGGUGGGAUUUUGAGGAAAAAUACAGCUUUGAAACAGGGGGCCUCCAGACGACCUGCCCUGACUCCGUGAAGGUCAAAGCCUCCAGGUCGCCGUGGCUCCAGAAACUCUUUCUGCCCAACCUCACUCUCUUCCUGGACUCCAGACACUUCAACCAGAGCGAGUGGGACCGCCUGGAACACUUCGCGCCACCCUUUGGCUUCAUGGAGCUCAACUACUCCCUGGUGCAGAAGGUGGUGACCCGCUUCCCUCCAGUGCCCCAGCAGCAGCUGCUCCUGGCCAGCCUCCCUCCUGGGAACGACCGGUGCAUCACCUGUGCCGUGGUGGGCAAUGGGGGCAUCCUGAACAACUCCCGCAUGGGCCAGGAGAUAGACAGCCAUGACUACGUGUUCCGACUGAGCGGAGCUCUCAUUAAAGGCUAUGAGCAGGAUGUGGGUACUCGGACAUCCUUCUACGGCUUCACGGCCUUCUCCUUGACCCUGUCGAUUCUUACAUUGGGCAAUCGGGGCUUCAAGAAUGUGCCUCUGGGGAAGGAUGUCCGCUACUUGCACUUCCUGGAAGGCACCCGGGACUAUGAGUGGCUGGAAGCGCUGCUCAUGAAUCAGACGCUGCUGUCAAAUAACCUUUUCUGGUUCAGGCACAGACCCCAGGAAGCUUUUCAGGAAGCCUUGCAAAUGGACAGAUACCUGUUGCUGCACCCAGACUUCCUCCGAUACAUGAAGAACAGGUUUCUGAGGUCUAAGACCCUGGACGGUGCCCACUGGAGGAUAUACCGCCCCACCACUGGGGCCCUCCUGCUGCUCACGGCCCUGCAGCUCUGUGACCAGGUGAGUGCCUACGGCUUCAUCACUGAGGGCCAUGAGCGCUUUUCUGAUCACUACUAUGAUAAGUCAUGGAAACGACUGAUCUUUUACAUAAACCAUGACUUCAAGUUGGAGAAGGAAGUCUGGAAGCGGCUACACGAUGAAGGGAUAAUCCGGCUGUACCAGCGUCCUGGUCCCAGUCCCAGCCCCAGAACACCCAACGCAAAGAACUGACGGGGGGCUGGGCUGCAGUGUUCUCCUCACCCGCCAGUGGGAAUUUUGAGACUCUGACCGUUUCCCAGGGCUUGGGCCACACUCCAGGCCCUUCAGGCGUUCGGGGGGAACACUUGAAUCCAGGGCAAGACUCUCCCAAGAUGGCAAAUGGCUGAUUGAGAUUUUGAAGUUCUUCAGUACCUUGCUGUAGGUCCUGGAGGAGAUUCCUGAGCCCAGGGUUUUUUUGUUCUUGUUUUUGUUUGGAGACGAAGUCUCGCUCUGUGACCCAGGCUGGAACACAGUGGUGAGGUC